AUGCGGCACCAGCGCACCCACACCGGCGAGAAGCCCUUCGAGUGCACUGUCUGUGGCAAGAGCUUCUGCUCCAAGCAGACCUUCGUCCUGCACCAGCGCAUCCACACCGGUGAGAAGCCCUUCUCCUGCGUGGAGUGCGGCAAGAGCUUCAACCGCAAGGCCAACUUUGUGACCCACCAGAAGAUCCACCGUGGUGAGCGGCCCUUCCUCUGCACCGAGUGUGGCAAGGGCUUCUGCGCCAAGAAGACCUUUGUCCUCCACCAGAAGAUCCACAUUGGCGAGCGGCCUUUCGGCUGCUCGGAGUGCGGCAAGAGCUUCAGCCGCAACGGCGACCUGACGCGCCACCAGCGCAUCCACAGUGGCCAGCGACCCUUUGCCUGCCCCGACUGUGGCAAGAGUUUCAGCCACACCGGUGAGCUGGUUAAGCACCAGCGCAUCCACACCGGAGAGAAGCCCUUUGGCUGCGCUGAGUGCGGCAAGAGCUUCAACCGCAAGGGCACCCUGGUCACCCACCGGCGCAUCCACACCGGCGAGCGGCCCUUUGCCUGCCCUGACUGCGGCAAGACCUUCAACCUGAAGACCACGCUGAGGAAGCACCGGCGCAUCCACACUGGCGAGCGGCCCUUUGCCUGCCUCGAGUGUGGCAAGAGCUUCAAGUACAAGGGCAACCUCCGGACCCACCACUUCACCCACACAGUGAAGAGAACCCACACCAGUGAGAGGCCCUUUGCCUGCAGGGAGUGUGGGAAGAGCUUCCACCAGAAAAGCAGCCUGGUGUCCCACCAGCGCCUUCACACUGGUGAGGAGCCCUUUGCCUGUCCUGAGUGUGGCAAAAGGUACAACCACAAAAGCAACCUGAUCUCCCACCAGCGCAGCCACACUGGCGAGAAACCCUUUGCCUGCACUGAGUGUGGCAAGAGGUUCAAACACAAACUCAGCCUGGUCACUCAUCAGCACAUCCACACUGGCAAGGAGCUCUUUACCUGCGCGUGUGGCAAGUCAUUCAUGUACAAAAGCACCCUGGCCUUCCACCAGCGCCUCCACACCGGGGAGAAGCCCUUUGCCUGCACUGAGUGUGGCAAGUGCUUCAACCACAAAAGCAGCCUGGUGUCCCACCAGCGCAUCCACACUGGGGAGAAGCCCUUUGCCUGCUCUGAGUGUGGCAAGAGCUUCAACCACAAAGGCACCUUAGUCUCUCACCAGCGCAUCCAUAAUGGUGGGAAGCCCUUUCCUUGCACUGAGUGUGAUAAGAGCUUCAACCACAAAGGCAGCCUGGUCUCCCAUCAGUGCAUCCACGCUGGCAAAGAGCCCUUUGCCUGCACUGAGUGCGUCAAGAGGUUCAACCAGAAAAGAAACCUGGUCACUCACCAGCGCAUCCACACUGGCGAGAAGCCCUUUUCCUGUACUGAGUGUAGCAAGAGCUUCAACCACAAAGUCAGCCUGGUCAACCACCAACAUAUUCACAUUGGCGAGAAGCCUUUUGCCUGCACUGACUGUGGCAAGAGCUUCAACCACAAAGUCAGCCUGGUCUACCACCAACGUGUCCACACUGGUGAGAAGCCCUUUGCCUGCACCAAAUGUGGAAAGAGCUUCAAUGACAAACGCAGCCUGGUCAAACAUCAGCGCAUCCACACUGGCGAGAAGCCCUUUGCCUGCUCUGAGUGUGGCAAGAGCUUCAAGGACAAAGUCAGUCUCAUCUCCCACCAGAACAUCCACAGUGGCAAGAAACCCUUCACCUGCUCUGAGUGUGGCAAGAGCUUCUACCACAAAGUUAGCCUUGUCUCCCACCAGCGCAUCCACAAUAGUGAGAAGCCCUUCACCUGCGCUGAGUGUGGCAAGAGCUUCUACCACAAAGUCAGCCUGGUCAACCAUCAGCGCAUCCACACCGGUGAAGAACCUUUUGCCUGCUGGGAGUAUGGCAAGAGCUUCUACCACAAAAGCAGCCUGCUCUACCACCAGCGCCUCCACACCGGCGAGAAGCCCUACACCUGCCCAGAUGAGUGUGGGAAGAGCUUCCAGCAGAAAAGCAGCCUGGUGUGCCACCAGCGCAUCCACACCAGGGAGAAGCCCUUUGCUUGCAGCGAGUGUGGCAGGAGGUUCAGCCACAAACAGACCCUGGUCACCCACCAGUGCAUCCUCACUGGUGAUGAACACUUUGCCUGUACUGAGUGCGGCAAGAAGUUCAACCACAAACAGACCCUGGUCAACCACCAACGCAGCCACAGCAGGGAGAAGCCCUUUACGUGCACUGAGUGUGGCAAGAGCUUCAAACACAAAGUCAGCCUGAUCGCCCACCAGCAUGUCCACACUGGCAAAAAGCCUUUCACCUGUGCUGAAUGUGGCAAGAACUUCAUGUACAAAAGCACCAUGGCCUUCCACCAGCGCAUCCACACCGGGGAGAAGCCUUUCACCUGCACUGAAUGUGGCAAGAGCUUCAUGUACAAAUGGACUAUGGCCUUCCACCAGCGCCUCCACACUGGGGAGAGGCCCUUCACCUGUACUGAGUGUGGCAAGAGCUUCAUCCGAAAAUCCAAACUGGUAAACCACCAGCACAUCCACACUGGUGAGAAGCCCUUUGUCUGCAAUGAGUGUGGCAAGUCAUUCAUUCACAAAAGCACCCUGUCCUUCCAUCAGGUGAUCCACACUGGUGAGAAGCCCUUUGUCUGCACUGAGUGUGGCAAGAGCUUCAAUUACAGAAUCCGCCUGGUCUACCACCAGCGCAUCCACACUGGUGAGAAGACCUUCACCUGCCCAGAGUGUGGCAAGAGCCUCAACAACAAACGCAGCCUGAUCAGCCACCAGCGCAUCCACACUGGUGAGAAGCCCUUUGCCUGCAAUGAGUGUGGCAAGAGAUUCAGCCACAAACAGACCCUGGUCAACCACCAGCGCAUCCACACGGGUGAGAAGACCUUCACCUGCUCUGAGUGUGGGAAGAGCUUUACCAACAAAAGCAGCCUGGUCAGCCACCAGCGCAUCCAUACAGGCGAGAAGCCCUUUGCCUGCACUGAGUGUGGCAAGAGGUUCAACCAUAAACUCAGACUGGUCAAUCACCAGCGCAUCCACACAGGCGAGAAGCCUUUUAUCUGCAAUGAGUGUGGUAAGAGAUUCGGCAACAAAAGCAGCCUGGACAGCCACCAGCGCAUCCACACUGGUGAGAAGCCCUUUCCCUGCAUUGAGUGUGGCAAGAGAUUCAACCACAAACGCAGCUUGGUCACCCACCAACGUAUCCAUACAGGUGAGAAGCCCUUCACCUGCCCAGAGUGUGGUAAGAGAUUCAACUACAAAAUCAGCCUGGUGUCCCACCAGCGCAUCCAUACAGGCGAGAAGCCAUUUGCCUGCCCAGAGUGUGGCAAGAGAUUCACCAACAAAAGCAGCCUGGUCAGCCACCAGCGCAUCCAUACUGGAGAGAAGUCCUUUGCCUGCGAUGAGUGUGGGAAGAGUUUCAGCCAGAGAAGCAAUCUGGUCACUCACCAGUGCAUCCACACUGAUGAGAAGCCCUUUCUCUCCACUGAAUGUGGCAAAAAUUUCAACCAUAAAAUCACUCUGGUCUCCCUCCAGCCCAUUCACACUGGUGAGAAGCCCUUUGUCUGCAGUGAGUGUGGCAAGAGGUUCAAACACAAACGCAGCCUGGUCAACCACCAGCGCAUCCACACAGGCGAGAAGACCUUCACCUGCAGUGAGUGUGGCAAGAGCCUCAACAACAAACGCAACCUGAUCAGCCACCAGCGCAUCCACACUGGUGAGAAGCCCUUUGCCUGCAAUGAGUGUGGCAAGAGCUUCUGCCAGAAAACUAGCUUGGUCAGCCACCAGCGUAUCCAUACAGGUGAGAAGCCCUUCAGCUGCUCUGAGUGUGGCAAGAGCUUCAAGCAGAGAAGCCAGCUGGUUACCCACCAGCGUGUGCAUACUGGUGAGAAGCCCUUUGCCUGCACUGAAUGUGAUAAGAGAUUCAAGUACAAAAGCAACCUGGUCAGCCACCAGCACAUCCAUACUGGAGAGAAGCCCUUUGCCUGUCCUGUAUGUGGCAACAGCUUCAAGUGGAAACGCAGCCUGGUCAUCCACCAAUGCAUCCACACUGGCAAGAAGCCCUUUGCCUGCAGUGAGUGUGGGAAGAGCUUCUACCAUGAAAACAACCUGGUCAACCACCAGCGCAUCCACACUGAUGAGAAGCCCUUUGCAUGCAGCGAGUGUGGGAAGAGCUUCAGCCUGAAGAGCAAACUGAUUCGGCACCAGCGUGUGCACACCAGUGAAAGGCCCUUUGCCUGCAGGGAGUGUGGGAAGAGCUUCCACCAGAAAAGCAGCCUGGUAUGCCACCAGCGCAUCCACACUGGGGAGAAGCCCUUUGCCUGCAUGGAGUGUGGCAGGAGGUUCAACCACAAAAGCACCCUGGUGUCCCACCAGCGCAUCCACACUGGUGAGGAGCCCUUUGCCUGUCCUGAGUGUGGCAAGAGGUUCAACCACAAAGGCAACCUGAUCUCCCACCAGCGCAGCCACAGCAGUGAGAAGCCCUUUGCCUGUCCUGAGUGUGGCAAGAGGUUCAAACACAAACUCAGCCUGGUCACCCACCAGCAAGUCCAUACUGGUAAAAAGCCUUUCACCUGCACUGAAUGUGGCAAGUCAUUCAUGUACAAAAGCACCCUGGCGUUACACCAGCGCCUCCACACCGGGGAGAAGCCCUUUGCCUGCGAUGAGUGUGGCGAGAGGUUCAAGCAUAAAGCCAGCCUGGCCUACCACCAGGCCAUGCACACCAGUGAGAAGCCCUUUGCCUGUAAUGAGUGUGGCAAGAAGUUCCGCCAGAAAAGCUGCCUGAUGUCCCACCAGCGCAGCCACGCCAGGCAGAAGGCCUUCACCUGCAGCGAGUGUGGCAAGUCAUUCACACACAGAUGUGCCCUGGCCUUCCACCAGCGCAUCCACGCCAGGGAGAAGCACUUUGCCUGUCCUGAAUGUGGCAAGAGAUUUAACCACAAAUUCAGCCUGGUCACCCACCAGGCCAUCCACACCGGCAAGAAGCCCUUCACCCGCACUGAGUGUGGCAAGUCAUUCAUGUACAAGACCACCCUGGCCUUCCACCAGUUGCUCCACACUGGCAAGAAGCCCUUUGUCUGCACUAAAUGUGGCAAGACCUUCAAGCACAAAAUCAGCCUGGUCAACCACCAGCACAUCCACACUGGUGAGAAGACCUUCACCUGCCCAGAGUGUGGGAAGAACCUGAAUAACAAACGCAACCUGAUCAGCCACCAUCGCAUCCAUACUGGUGAGAAACCCUUUGCCUGCAGUGAUUGUGGCAAGAGAUUCAGCCACAAAAUCAGUCUGGUUGCCCACCAACACAUCCAUACUGGCAAGAUGCCCUUUGCCUGCAAUGACUGUAGCAAGAAAUUCAACAACAAAGUGAGCUUGGUCAAGCACCAGCGCAUCCACAGUGGAGAGAAGCCCUUUGCUUGCAUCGAGUGUGGCAAGAGGUUCAACCAGAAAAGCAACCUCGUCACUCACCAGGCCAUUCACACUGGUGAGAAGCCCUUUGCCUGCAAUGAGUGUAGCAAGAGCUUCAACCACAAAAUCAGCCUGGUCAACCACCAGCGCCUUCACACUGGUGAGAAGCCCUUUACAUGCUCAGAGUGUGGCAAGAGCCUCAACAACAAACGCAACCUGAUCAGCCAUCAGCGCAUCCACACUGGUGAGAAGCCCUUUGCCUGCUCUGAGUGUGGCAAGAGGUUCAACCACAAAAUCAGCCUGGUCACUCACCAGCGCAUCCACACUGGAGAGAAGCCCUUUACCUGCACCGAGUGUGGCAAGAGCCUCACCAACAAACGCAGCCUGGUCUCCCACCAGCGCAUCCAUACUGGAGAGAAGCCCUUUGGCUGUCCAGAGUGUGGGAAGAGAUUCAACCACAAAAUCAGCCUAGUCUGCCACCAGCGCAUCCAUACCGGUGAGAAACCCUUUGCCUGUACUGAGUGUAGCAAGAGCUUCAAUGAUAAACGCAGCCUGGUUACCCACCAGCGCAUCCACACCUGUGAGAAGCCCUUUGCCUGUCCAGAGUGUGGGAAGAGCUUCCGCCAGAGAAGCAACCUGGUCAUCCACCAGCGCACCCACACCGGCAAUACAACCUUUGCCUGCACUGAGUGUGGCAAGUCGUUCAUGUCCAAAAUCACCCUGGCCUUCCACCAGUGCAUCCGCACUGGUGAGAAGCCUUUUGUCUCUGCUGAAUGUGGCAAGAGCUUCAACCCUAAAAUCACUCUGGUCUCCCAGCAGCCCAUCCACACUGGAGAGAAGCCCUUUGCCUGCCCUGAGUGUGGCAAGAGGUUCAACCGGAAAAGCAACCUGGUUACUCACCAGCGCAUCCACACCGGAGAGAAGCCCUUUGCCUGCCCUGAGUGUGGCAAGAGCUUCAACCAUAAAAUCAACCUAGUCAAGCACUGCUGUGUCCACAAUAGUGAGAAGCUCUUUCCCUGCACUGAGUGUGGAAAGAGCUUCAUCCGCAAAAGCAGCCUGGUCACCCACCAGCGCCUGCACACUGGUGAGAAGCCCUUUGCCUGCACAGAGUGUGGGAAGAGCUACAACCAUAAAAUCAGCCUGGUCAACCACCAGCGCAUCCACACCGGCAUGAAGCCCUUUGCCUGCAAUGAGUGUAGUAAGAGCUUCAACCACAAAAUCAGCCUGGUCAACCACCAGCGCCUCCACACUGGUGAGAAGCCCUUUACAUGCUCAGAGUGUGGCAAGAGCCUCAACAACAAACGCAGCCUGGUCAGCCACCAGCGCAUCCACACUGGUGAGAAGCCCUUUGCCUGCUCUGAGUGUGGCAAGAGGUUCAACCACAAAAUCAGCCUGGUCACUCACCAGCGCAUCCACACUGGAGAGAAGCCUUUUGUCUGCUCUGAGUGCGGCAAGAGCUUCAACCACAAAAUGAGCCUGGUCAACCACCAGCGCUUCCACAGUGGUGAGAAUCCCUUUGCCUGCACCGAGUGUGGCAAGAGCUUCAGCGAUGAAGUCAGCCUGGUCACCCACCAGGACAACCACACUGCUGAGAAGCCCUUUGCCUGCACAGACUGUGGCAAGAGCUUCAAGAGUAAAGGCAGCCUGGUCACCCACCAGCGCAUCCACACUGGCAAUAUGCCCUUUGCCUGUACUGAGUGUGGCAAGAGCUUCAAUCGCAAACACAGCCUGGUCAACCACCAGCGCAUCCACACCGGGGAGAAGCCCUUCAGCUGCUCCGAGUGUGGCAAGAGCUUCACCCAGAAAGGCACCCUGCUCUACCACCAACGUAAUCAUACCCACACCAGUGAGAAGCCCUUUGCCUGCCCUGAGUGUAGCAAGAACUUCCACCAGAAACGCAGCGUGGUCUCCCACCAGCGCAUCCACACUGUCAAGAAGCUCUUUGCCUGUUCUGAGUGUGGGAAGAGCUUUAAACACAGUCACAAACUGGCUUGCCACCAGCACAUCCACACCGGGGAGAAGCCCUUUGGCUGCACCGAGUGUGGGAAGAGCUUCAGGCACAAAAGCAGCCUGGUCACCCACCAGCGCCUGCACACCGGGGAGAAGCCCUUUGCCUGCUUAGAGUGUGGCAAGAGAUUCAACCACAAAAUUAGCCUGGUCAACCACCAGCGCCUCCAUACCUGCCAGAAGCCCUUCACCUGCUCUGAGUGCGGGAAGAGCUUUAAGCAAAGUGACGAAUUGGUCGCCCACCAGCGGCGCCACGCUGGUGAGAAGCCCUUUGCCUGCACCGAGUGUGGCAAGAGCUACACUGAGAAAGGCAGCCUGGUCUGCCACCAGCGCCUGCACACCGUGGAGAAGCCCUUCGUGUGCACUGAGUGUGGGAAGAUCUUCAGCCGUGGUGACAAACUGAUAAUCCACCAGCGCAGCCACACCGGCGAGAGGCCCUUUGCCUGCUCCGAGUGCGGGAAGAGCUUCAGCCGCAGUGACCACCUGCUCUCACACCAGCGCAUCCACACCGGGGAGAGGCCCUUUGCCUGUGCCGAGUGUGGCAGGAGGUUCAACCGCAGCGACACCCUAGUCACUCACCAGCGCAUCCACAACGGUGAGAAGCCCUUCGCCUGCACUGAGUGCGGCAAGAGCUUUAGCCAGAGGGCCGACUUGAUUCGGCACCGCGACAGCCACACCGGCAAGAAGCCCUUUGCCUGUCCUGACUGUGGCAAGAGGUUCAACCGCCUGGACCGCCUGAUCUCCCACCAGCACACGCACACUGGUAAGAAGGCCUUCUCCUGCCCCGAGUGCGGCAGGGGCUUCAACCGCAUUGACCGCUUGUUCAUGCAUCGGCGCUCCCACAUCGCCGAGUGACAGCCUUCUGCCCCCCUGUCCUGAGCCCAGCACCUCACCCAUGCAGUGUAGCAGCUCUGCCCUUGCCCUGAGCACAGCAUGGUAUUCACGCAUCACGAGUGAUGGUGCGCUGCACCACACAC